UUCUGUACAGUAAGCGCGAGCUGAUCUAGACAGAACCUCAGCUGUAGUUCUGAGAGUGGAUUCACGCCUUUUACAGGACAUACUCUUUUUGCAGUUUUCUCAUUUGGAUACAACAUCGGAUUAUACUAAACAUGCCUGUGUCCCGAAUGCGCAUGCGACCCUGGCUGGAGGGCAAAAUCGACUCCAACACCAUCGCUGGACUCAUGUGGGUCAACAAGGAGGAGAGCAUGUUCUCCAUCCCGUGGAAACACGCGGCUCGGCACGGCUGGCAGGUGGAUAAAGACGCCUGUCUGUUCAAGCAGUGGGCCAUUCACACAGGUAAAUACAAGGAGGGAGUGACCCAGCCUGACCCCAAAACCUGGAAAGCCAACUUCCGCUGUGCCAUGAACUCGCUCCCCGACAUCGAAGAGGUGAAGGACAAGAGCAUCAACAAAGGCUGCGGCGCGGUGAGAGUCUACCGCAUGCUGGCCACCGUCGCCAAGAAGAAAGUCAAGAGAUGCAAGAGCCGCGACAGCCGCAAACGCAAGGUCAAGAUGGAGGAGAUUGAUGCCCACGAGAUGCACUCAGAAAUGACCCAGGAGAACACCAUCGACAGCACUGUGAAUCUAAGCACCGCCAGCCCCUCCUGUGACACCCCCGCAUAUGAGGUCGAAAUCGCAGACUGUCCUGAAGACCUGUACACCAGCAAGUUCCAGGUGUCUCCGGUGCACUCCACAGACUUGGAGGAGAACGAAGCUAUAUUUGAGCUCACACGGCAAUUGGAACGUGAAAGUACGCAGUGGCUGCAGAGCAAUUUCGGUGGAAAGGGGUUCCUGGCCAAUGAAGUAGCCACAACAGAAUCUCUGAGUCCAGAGAGCCAGUGGAGUGAAAGCUCAGGAGAAGAGCUUGAGUUUCGGCUCUACACUGAACUGACCCCAGACCUGCGUGACGACUCUCUCUGCACCUACACAGAUCUGUGGAACAGCAGCUCCAUGCCACAGACCAUGUGUCCUCUCUGAGAGCGCUCGUCUCGCACCUCGGACUCUGUCUCACUCAUGGACAAUGGACUCCAUUCCACACUCAACCUCGUACCUCAGUCUCAAUCGUUCAUAUGUCUGCUGUUGGACUCUCAGGAUCCUCGCUUCGUCGUGGUCAGAAACGACCUGGUUUGUGUAACGUGUGAUGUGGUUUCACUGAAGGAUCUUCCAGAACCGAAACUAGACAGAUUGUGGCUUUCCUUCCAGUUGUACAGUUUUGUGACCGUGUAAUCUCAUGUAAUGUGAAUUGUACCAAUUCCGUUAUGUGCUCAUCAUGUCAGGGGUUUCUCAUAUCUUCAUAUAACACAAGUAUCAGAUGAAGCUGUCAGUCUGAGUUUGGUAAGGGGUUCUUCACUGUAUAUACUGUAAAUAUUUAUUUGUAAUAAAAAACU